AUUCCUUCGGUAAUAUCUCUCCAAUUUUCCGUUUUACUUUUCGAAAUUCAUCUCAAAUUCGUACCGAUCUUACGCACAGCUCACCCAAAUAUCCGUCCAGAAAUUUUGAAAUUCUUCGUAUUUUGCUCAGAAAUCCAAGGAUUUUUCAUCCUAUAAAUACUUCCUUUGUUGCCGCCUAAAAAUCGGAGCGCAUUUUUUUCGGAGACAAUGUAUUAAGAGUGAAAAAAUGUCAGAGCGCUUGCCCCUUUCUUGGCUGGUCCAAGCGAGCACUUUCAAUGUGAAAAUUGGUGAAGAGACUGUCAUCACAACCGUCACUGACCGGGAAGCUAUGGCGAUCAGUAGCAUCUCGGCACUUAAGAGUGAAUUGAAAACUCCAGAUCCAUUUGUUGGAAUCGAUGUUGUGAAUAAUGGAGAUCUGUUGCUGUUUCAUGUGAAAAAUCGGUGCCUAAUUAUUCAAUUUAAUCGGAUGAUGCUCUUGGAUUAUCUAACUGAUAUCCCCUCUUCUCUUCAGGAGUUUCUGCUGGACAAAAGUAUCACUUUUAUAGGCCCUAGAAACAUGAGCCAGAUGUCUAUUGGGUCAUCUAUAUCUGGAAGGAGCAGCGAAAAAAUAGUAUUUAAUAGAAUUGUUGAUGUUGGUUAUUUGAGUGGUAAGCUUUGUAGGAAGCCAGAUCUGCUGAGUAGUACACUAGAAGAGUUGUUGGGUAGAGUUGGCAUUGAUAUCAAGAAGCCUGUGAUUAGUGAAGGUUCAAUGCGUCCUGAUUGGCAAUCGUCUUCGGUUCUAUCGGAGGAGGAGGUGAAAUAUGUGAUGUAUGAAGUUCAUUCAUGCUAUCAAAUUGCAAACAAGCUAAUUACUGAUGCGACAAGUGCAACUGCAAGUGAGUAGUAAUAAGUAUAACUUGAUUUGGCUCUCUAGUGUUGUUAUUU